AUAUUCUUCAAUAUACACACACGUCGGUCGCAGUUUUAUUAAGAUUGGCAUACGUAUUACUUACUCAUCGCCGCCCCCUUUUUUUCAUUUCUGAUUUUGUGAAAUAAAAGAGACGUCGCAAGACAUAUCCCAUUCGCCUAAAUUAAUUACACGUUUUGCUUUAAUAAUUUCUUCCCCCUUUGGUGUUGAAAAUGAAAGUCAGUUACAUUUUAUCCCUCUUUUUCUUUUUGAUCAUUUAUAAAAAUACCACCACCAAUGUUGUGGAAUGUGGCGGCUACAGUGAUUUGGCGGCGACGAGCGCCUUAACAACCAUAGUCAAGGACCCAAUUAGCUUAACCAUCAAAGAUUUGUAUGAACAUGGUGUGAAGGACCCAAUCACAAAACUUAUUCAUAAAAUUAAGAAAGUAGUACGCUACAGAAAAGUUUUGAGGUGGUCCAGAAUAUGGUGGGUACUACUCGUUAGAGAAAUUGUCGGAGAUAACGCCAUUGAGAGGAAAACUGAAAAGGCGUUGCGAGAAAUCUGGGACCAGUGUACCAUCGCCGUGUACAACAACACCCUUUACGCCAUCGAGUCCAAGCCACUGCUAUUCUUACACGGUAUUCUGAACGAGUGCAAGAACAACUUCUCCACCAAAUUGAGACAAGACCCAGGAUUGAUUGUAGCCAAAAUAGACCAAAUAUUGAAAUCCCAAAUAUACCGUUUCUGGGUAUCAGAGCCAUAUUUGAAAAUCGGAAAGUCCAGCAUCUUCUACACCAGAAUCAACUCCAAAAAUGUGCCUCCUCUUCCCAAAGAAUGCACUUUGAAACACUUGUCAUCUUACAUGGAGGAGAAAUUAAAAUCUAUGGAGUCUAAGAAGAAUAUCGAAUCGGGCAAAUACGAAUUUGACGUGGAGUCAACGAAGAGUACGACGGAUGAUGGCCAGGCGGAUGAUGAAGAUGACGAUGAGAAUGAAGAGGAUGCCUUUGAGGAGGAAACCUUUGAAGAGAAAAAGAGCGAAGAAAAGAAAGAUUAAUAAUAAAAUAUAGACUGAUGGCACUGCGUUUUUGUGCUUACUUUUGUGUCAGCCCCAGUUGGCUCGUAGGGUCUGCCCGUCUGUCUGCCCAUCGGUCGGUCGAUUUUUCCCCACCGUGAGUUACGAACCAUCACCCGAUGCGCACCAGUUGAUGUGCUUUUGCGGCGAACUCGUGGCUGCGAGAUGGAGUGAACAGAGAACCAAGUAAACGUCCGAAGAAGAGCGAAACAUUGUGAGCUUGGCCAGAAAGAAUUUUCUUUUUUUUUAUUCCCAUAUGACCAUUUGUGUAUGACGAUUUGUUGGGACUUUUGCCGACUUUUGUAGAGGCUCAUUUGUCACCUGAGUAGAACCCCUCUAUCCAGAGACGAUCGAUUCCGAGGACGACGGCGCAUUGGUUUAGCUACCAUAUACCUCCUGGGCUAAAGAGACACACAUACGUGCAACGUGAUAAUCAGUUGUGGCCUACGCGGCUUGUGCGUGCGUGUGAUGAAGCAUGUACGGAUGUCUACGCACAGCAGGCCAAUACCCGCAUGUGAACACUCGAGCGCAUCCCGAGCAGCAUAACACCGUCGAGGGUUGGCUUAAAACACGCAGAAAGAGAGUUCCCAUAGCAGUUCGCAUUGAAUGCACAGCAGGGAGAAACGUGUGUUCAUCGUGCGUCCAUAUGUACGCGCAUCCACACCUCUACAACGUGCAGGAGAAGAAAAAAAAAAAGAGAGGGGGUCCAUCAUCACAUAUGUGUGUAUAUAUACAUAUAUAUAUAUGUAUGCAUGCUAUGUGCUCAUAAUUCCAUAGCCAUAAGAAUUCCACCUUUUGAGUUGCCGUUACGAUUCCUCGACCAUCCACCGCCCCUUGCUGGCGUACCGCGUAUGGAACAUAUCCCCCAUUUUGCGGCAAUUUUAUGGCAAUCUUCUUUCACAUGGCCGCCCCUUUAUGACCAUUUUUACCCCCCCACCCCUUAAGGCGAUUUUGCUCCAUUUUGCGCCGCUUUUUAUUCCCCUUACAACUAUAUCGCAAUUUCAAUACAGUUCUUUUUUGCGUUAUCUGCAUUUAUAUUUCCUUUUUACCAUAAAAAAUAAAAUAGUGUCAUUUUGCCCUUUUCGUUAUUUAUCGUGUUUAUCAUUUU